GCGGGGAGGGAGGGAGGGAGGGAAAUCGCUCGGCCAUGUCAUCCCUUGCGCCCGUUAAAGCAGCUCCGUCGCCCAUGGCCUUCCUCUCCAUUUCGAGCUUCCCCCUCGGCUGCCCUCGUCCCGUGCCCCGAACGAUCGGAUCUCCGCGCUCCCGAUUCCGCUCCGACCGGCGAGACCCGCCGGAUUCUCAGACGGCGAUCGAUCGGCUCCGACGGCGAAGGCCUCUCUCUCUCUCUCUCGUUUCGAUCGAUCGGGCCAGUUUCCGAUGGAAGAUGGCGAAUGACGCACGACGGGAUCGAGAUUGACGCAUCGGCUCGUUGCUUCUCCUUCGCCAGAUGGAUCGGAUGAGACCGUUGUACGUCAGGCAACAGAGCGGCCCCGGGUCGCCGGGAGGGGCGGCGUCGCCGACUUCGUCGCCGUUCCACAGGCACGUGCGGUCAGGCUCCACGGGGAAUGUGAAGAAGGCACAGACGAAAGCCGCCGCCCAAAGGCUGGCCCAGGUGAUGGCGCAUCAGCUUGGCGAUGACGAUGACGGCGAGGAUGAUGACCUCUCGUAUGAAUAUGCUCCGGUCAGUGGCACUGGAAGCAUCGGGCUGGCCGGCGGACGUAGGGCUCGCUCGCCUAUGUCAGUUCGUUCCCAUCAAGAGCAACCGCAUUCAGCGCGUUCAUCAGCAAUUGGGCGACCGUUGCAAUCUGUGAACUCUGUCGACCAACCAUCAUUGGCCCGCAUAUCGACUCCUACUCGGUCAUCUCAUUCUGCUGCUCCUGCUGAACAAUCUCAACCAAGUCGCACAGUGGCGGUUGGCAGGUCGCCUCAGUCAGCUAACACAGAACAACCAUCAUUGGCUCGUAUAUCAACUCCAACUCGAUCAUUUUAUUCUGCUGCCGAACAAUCUCAACCUACUCGUUCCGUGGUGGUGGGCAGGUUGCCUCAGUCGGCCAACACAGAACAACCAUCAUUGGCUCAUAUAUCAACUCCAACUCAAUCAUUUCAUUCUGCUGCUGCUGCCGAACAAUCUCAUCCUACUCGUUCGGUAGUGGUGGGCAGGUCGUCUCAGUCAGCUAACCCAGAACAACCUCCAUCCGCUCGUUCAACAUCAGGUGGCCGUUCAUAUUUAGGAAUUAAAACAGUGCCUAUGGUGCCUGCUAGUGUCCCGAUAUCUCUAAAGCCAUCGUCCUCUGCCAUUCCGACAGAGACUCCAGUUGAACAUCGCAGAGACAAAAGCAGAAUGUCUGUGGAUUGGGAUAAUGUGAGCACAAAAGAGACUAGCAGCCAGCGAUCUGCUUCUGCUUUACAAGAUGAGCUUGAUAUGCUACAAGAAGAGAAUGACAGCUUACUUGAAAAGCUUCAACUUGCAGAAGAGAGGUGUGAUGAAGCAGAGGCUAAAGCUCAGCAGCUUGAAAAGCAGAUUUCUUCUCUAGGGGAAGGUGCUACUUUGGAAGUUCGUCUUUUGAGCAGAAAGGAAGCAGCCUUGCGGCAAAGGGAGGCUGCUCUAAGAGUUGCGGGACAAACUCAUGGUGGGAAAACAGAAGAGGUUGCUGCUCUUCAAAUUGAAGCUGAGAUAGCAAGGGAUGAGGCAACAUCUGCAUGGGAGAAGCUUCAUGAAGUUCAGACAAUUACUCAGAGGACCAUACUGACCCAAGAAGAAAUGGAGGAGGUGGUCCUAAAGAGAUGUUGGCUUGCUCGGUACUGGAGUCUAUGUAUUCAAUACGGUAUUCAUGCAGAAAUCGCUGAAGCAAAGUAUGAACACUGGUCAUCCUUUGCCCCUUGUCCCGUGGAGGUUGUACUAGCUGCAGGGCAAAAAGCUAAAGAAGAGAAUUCGUAUAUGUACGACGAUAUGAAUGAAAGAGACAGAUUUCCACGAGAUAAAAACGAGCCUUCUGGAGAGCUGAAUAUUGAGAGCAUGCUUUUAGUUGAGAAAGGUUUGCGGGAACAAGCUUCAUUGAAGGUAGAGGAAGCAAUAUUGCUUGCAAUGGCACAAAACCGACGUAAAAACAUUCUCAAAGGUAGUGAUCCAGAUGACUUGAAGUUGCCAAUUGAGGGACAGACAGAAGUAUUUGAAUUGACCAAAGAGGAAUCUGAAGAUGUGCUUUUCAAGCAGGCAUGGCUGACAUACUUCUGGAGACGAGCAAAAAACCAUGGGCUGGAGAUAGAUGUAGCAGACGAGCGCCUGCAAUCCCUUAUCAACCAAAGCACUCGGUCACCUACUUCGCAUGACGCAGUUGAUGCCGAGCGAGGUCUGAUUGAGCUAAGGAAGCUCGGCAUCGAGGACCAGCUGUGGGAAGAUUCUCGCAAAGGAUUUGCGCCAGAUAACGCCAAUGUCAGAGCUGAAAAUGUCUUCUGACGUUCUAGUUCCGACGUUUCUCUCUUCUAUACUCACAUCCCCCAUCAAAGAUAUCAACGAGAGCCACCGAUCAAACCAUCGAUUCUCGAGAAAGAGUCCGGAUCUCCUUCAUUUUCCUUGUGUAGAUUCACACUAUGUAUAUUCCGGACAAUUCCAAGUAAGCUUACCAUAAGUUUAUUGAACAGCACAAGAUGUUACACAAGAUGCUAGACGCACUAUGUUUGUGCCAUCUUAUCGUGUGAGACGUGCUAUUUUGGGACAUUUAACCUUGCUAUGUAAUCAGGGCUUAUCAAAGCUAGAGACGUGCAUUCCCCUUUUUCUUCUUCAA